AUGGUUUCGGCUGACCUCAAUGCGCCAGAUCCAAACGAUGGCCCCAGCCACUGCCAGGUGCUAAUGGGUGAGGUUCCCAGCCAGAAUGCGCGAAGUGGCAACUGGGCGGAGAUGAGGAAGAGAGAGGAGGAGGAGGAGGAGGAGGAGGAGGAGGAGGAAGAAUAG